AAUCCAUUUGUUCUCUUUAGGUUGUGAUUCGGGAUUCGGCAACAUGCUAGCUAAGCGCAUGGAUGGCUUACGGUACCGUGUUUUUGCAGGCUGUCUCUUCCCGAAUGGUGAAGGUGCAAAGGACUUAGCUAAUAACAGUUCUUCUGAUCUUACAAUAAUCCCAUUGGAUGUGACAAAUGAUAAGAGCGUCGACUUAGCCAAAGACUUCGUUAUGAAUAACCUUGGAGCAGAUGUUUUGUGGGCAGUCGUGAAUAAUGCAGGAAUCGGCCAGGGUGGUGAGAUUGAUUGGACGUCCCUUUCAGAGUUUCAGAAUGUUAUUGAAGUCAAUACGUUUGGAGUCAUCCGAGUUACGAAAGCUUUCUUACCUCUCCUGAGGAAAUCCAAAGGUCGCGUUGUUAAUAUUACAAGCCUUUUGGGUAAAGUAUGUCUUCCUGGAUUAGUAGGUUAUUGCAUGAGUAAAAGUGCUGCAAUUUCUUUUACUACGGGCCUUCGAAUGGAAAUGACAAAAUGGAAAGUAAAAGUAAUAAGCAUCGAACCUUUCUUUUAUACCACUCCCCUUACUAAAACGAAACCAGCAAUCGAUCUACUGGAAAAGGUAUGGGCUAAAACUCCAACUGAAAUUCGAAAGGAUUAUGGAGAAGCAUACAAAGAGGUUAUUAAAAACGCAUGUGUUAAUCUACUGGCUCGCGCAAGCCAUAAGACCUAUGAAGUUUUGGAUUGCUUCGAGGAUGCUAUCACUGCUAAGGAGCCUUUAACAACUUACUCUCCUUGUUACCUUCCAGACAAAUUAGGAUUCCAGUUACUGGGUACUCUUCCAUCUACAGUUACUGAAAGAUAUAUCUUGACUUAUCUUGAUACAAAAGUUAAACCAGCAGCUCUGAUGAAAAAGGAAGCAACGACUGCAUCUGCGAAAGAAAAAUAAUGUAUCUACUUCAAUUGGAUAAGCUCUGUGACAGCAGUAUCUGUCCAGAAAAUUUAUAAUCAGUUCCAAAUUAUGAAGCUAGUUCAACAUACUCAGGUUCCUGUGCUAAUUUGAAAAUGUGAUCGUUUAGCUCAAUUCCAAAAUAAGAUACUAUUUCCUAUGAUUUCAAGAAAUGAGACACAUUUACUUCUAAGUCAGCAUGUAACAUAUUAUUCUUUUGUUCACUCUAGUAUAUGUACACCAGGCAGAUAAAAGAAUUUUAUUGAAAGUAAAUUUGAUAAAAUUUGAUAAAAAGAGAAUGAUCUAAAAUAUGUAUUUAUUGAUAUUCCUAAGUUUCAAAGAAAUUUGCUAUUUUUUUACCUAGCAGUGCUCCAUAGUUCUAAUACAAAUAAACGCAAUAGUUCAAUUAAAGUUAAUUUUUUUAAAGUUAGUAUCAGUCAUCUUUAAUACCGCAAGUCUUGAGACUGGACUGGAAUCGAGUUUGAUAGUCAUUAAACUUACUGAAAAUCAUCGACAAUGAAUAUUUUCCGAAGUUACAUGCUAUUUAGUUGAUGCAUUGAAAAAAUUUACGAAUUUUGGAUUUAAAUGUAAAGAACUUUUUUUUUAGCCAAAACAUAAGUAAUAUUUUACUAUUUGAAAUAUUUUUCUAAGGUUACAUAAAAUUAGGUUUCAUAUUUGCAGAAUUCUCCAAUUUGCAGUAUUGAAAUUUUUGUCAUAAAAUUACAUGACUCGUUUUAAAAAACUCUGUUGUUUGAUGUAUCUGUUCAACAUUUUCUUUCGAUCUGCUUUUGAAAUUGAAAUUGUUUCAUUAAUAUUUUUUUACCUUAGUUUAAAAGACUUUAUGACUUGCUGUAUGUAUAUAGAAUUAUCAUUAAAACAAAUAAAGCUUCUAGCUCUUUCUACGAAUAGUUCAUAUAUCAAACACUAAUUGUGGGAAAAUUACGGCCCUACAUUUUCUUUUGAAUUUUACUUUGUUUCUCAUGAUCUUUAGAUUUUAGCUCGCACUGUUUCAAGUUAAUGUUCAUACUCGUAUCUUUAACUGUUAACUAUUAUAUCUCGUGUACUGCAUUUACACUUUUAUGGAAGUAAUAAUGAUUUCUAAGUAAAAACUGAAUAAAUAGAAUUAAACUAUGA